AAUUGUGACGUUCCACGUGCGGUUGAGUUACUUAGGCUAGAAUGUCAGAUUGUUUCUCGAGCCUCAGUCAAGGAAACUAAGAUCCCUUUGACAGGUUCUACCAACGUAGCUGCACUAAAACAAAAAAAUUGGGAAGAGAUGCGAGUGAAAGCGACAUUUACCGACCACCAGUGCACCGUCUACGGUCUAGAAGAAGACGUUCAAGCAGCUGAGAAGAUAAUACACAGUCUACUGCGUCAAAUGCCUUCUUUGAAGGUAAGUGCAGGAGUUGAAUCUUACUUUACUCUCCAGAGUGGACAAACGGUCAUCGUAAAGAAAGGAAACAUUGUUCAUGAAAACGUCUAUGUUAUUGUAAACGCUGCAAAUUCGAGUUUAGAACACGCUGGAGGCGUCGCUGGUGCAAUCUGUAGAGCGGCAGGAGGACGGUCAUUUCAAGAAGAAUGUACACGUGCAUUUCGCAAGAACGGACCGAUUAGAGAUGGUCAAGCAGUUUGCACAAAGGCAGGUAAACUGCCCUAUAAAGCGAUUGUCCAUGCCGUAGCACCGUGUUGGUCUCAAUCUAGAACGGAACACAUGUACAUUUUCUCACUUCUAAAGGAAGCAUGUUUUAGCAGUUUGCGUUUGACUGAGGAAGCGAAAGGAACCUCUGUAGGUAUACCAGGUCUCGGUUCUGGUAUAUUUGGUAUUCCAAAAGAUAUCUGUGCUCGGGCACUUCUUGAUGGAACGGAAGAGUUCUUUCAGAUGUAUCCAGCUUCCGUCGUAAGUCGAGUUUUUAUUGAUUUUUAUGACGCAUCUGUGGCUGCGUUCAUGAAAGAAGCGCAAAACCGGUACGGAGACACGUCAGCAAGCGAUAUCACUCAAACCAAGCAUGACGCCAAGGGUUCAAAAGACUCGAGCAAACCGAGCACUGAUAAAGAUCAAGAUGCUAAACGUGAACAAUGCUCUAUCUGCUUUAAUCGAGACCUAAAAGUAAAGGCUACCUGUCCUAUUUGCUCUCGGCCGUUCGGAAAAGUGGAAGGAAAUCAGCCGAAGGGUGGCAGGAUGAAUUCGACUGUUACAAAAACCUCAUUACCAGGUUAUGAGGGACAUGAGCCUCCUAAUCCCGGUCAAAGAUUCUACGGCACUUUGCAGCGAGCAUAUCUUCCUUACAACCGAGAGGGCAAAGAUCUUCUUGGUCUUCUUAGAAAAGCGUUUGAUGCACGUUUAGUUUUUACGUAUGGCUUCCAGGAGAUUGCUUAG